AUGAACGAUCCCUUAACAACAGAGUUCAACUACGAACAAGAUUUUAAAUAUGACGAAAGCAACGACGAGGAGGAAGAAGAAGAAUUCAUCUAUCAACCACAGGACAACUUGGAAGAGCCAGAGCGAGAAGUCAGUCAGCAAUUUGAGAAUAGCUUGCAGUUAAAUACCUCGGGUGAUAAAUCUGACGAUGAGGUUAUCGAUUCUUUAUUUAAAGCUGCAUCUAUCGGUGAUAUCGAUACACUUACUCUCAUACAACCGUCAUUCACACAAUCUAAUGAAACUAACAAGAGAUCUGGUAUUACACCUUUACACGCUGCAUCCACAAAUGGCCACUUAGAUGCCGUAAAAUACCUUAUAGAAGAAGCUGGCGCGAUUGUCGAACUCGAAGACAGAGAAGGUGAAACCGCUCUACUUAGGGCAUCACAUAAACCAUCAAAUAUACCAAUAGUCACUUAUUUACUCAGCAUCGGUGCAAAUGUCGCACACGCUGAUAAUGAUGGCUGGAAUGCUCUCCAUAAUGCUUCAGCUAACGGUUCAGAGGAUGCCGUUAGAAUUAUUCUUAACAACGCAAAUAAAUCUAUUAUUGACAGCCUUGGUGGUUUACAGGCUGGACCAGGGUAUACUGCCCUCAUGAAUGCCGCCAGUAGAGGCCACCUUGAUGUUGUAAAAUUCUUGCUCACAGAAGCAAGUGCACCAGCGGACCCAUUUAUUCGCAACAAAUCAGGUGCGACUGCCUACUCUUUAGCUGCUGAGAGUUUGCAUUUCGAUAUUUGCGAGUUCAUAUUAAACGCUGAAAAAGCCCUCGUCAAGGACCCUCUAUUAUAUAAUCCUCUUGAAUAUCACCAAUCAGUACCAAUUUACUUAUUAGAGAACCAGCGCUUGGAUUGCCGUUUGUCAACACUCGCAAAAACAGGUGGUGUCCCUCGCUGGUCAAACUCUGGAUUAGGUCAGGGAGGCAGAAGACCAAAAUGGGAGUUGCCAGACUCGCGUCCAGUCGAUCUUAGCGAUCCAUUCAAUGAUGUACAGAUACCUUCAAUCGCUAAGCCCUUCACUGUCAACUUGACGAGCAUCUCGGGCAAACCUUCGAGCAACCGAGGCGCUUACUUCUGGACUACUGAUGAUUGGCUUGUAUGGAAGUCGAUUGGUAAGGAAGAUGGUGAAGGUUGGAUGUAUGCGCAUGACUUUAGCGCACCUAACUCCGAAUGGAAGAUCAACAAGACGAAGGAAAUUGAGACGCUCGAGAAGGGCAGUGGCGUAGGAUCUAUCAAAGCUACUCAGAUGUUUGGUGGUAGAACUGGCAAGAGUGGUAGCAAAACAAGCGCUUCAGAGAAUGUUGACAAGAACUACUGGGUAAGAAGGCGAAGAUGGGUAAGAAUUCUCCAAAGAGAUCCAACUUUGACAUUACCAUACAACUCACCUGAGUUGAAAAUACCUAAAUCAAAACAAGUUGAAAUGACAGACAUUGGUGUACAAAAGAGCCCAGAAGAGCAAAAGUUAAAGCCGAAGAAGUCACAAAGCAUUAAAAAGAGUCAUUUGAACGCUAAAAGCACACCAUUUAACCCAGCAAAUGCAAUAAGUAUGUCGACACCAUCGAUGCCAACAGCGACAACGAGCUUUAGUGCUAGAUUCCCAAAGGUUUGAAUGUUAAUAAAGGAAGAAUUUUGUAAAUACCUAUUUUCAUACAUACGUACAAUCUCC